AUCUUCAACGAGAUCAACGCGCGCCGCCUCAACGACGAGCUCAACGUGUUUGAGGGCCUCCACCGCUCCCCCAUCUUCAUCGGCGUCCUCGCCAUCACUGUCGGCCUCCAGAUCAUCAUCAUGAUGACCCCCAUGGGCCGCUUCUUCAAGGUCAUCCCAAUCAACGGCACAGAGUGGGGCGUCAGUGUGGCGAUCGGCGCGUUCGCCGUCGUCGUAAGCGUGCUGACACGGGCGAUCAGCCAGCUGCUGGUCCGGCUCGGCUUCGAGCCGCAGUGGCGGUGGGGCAGGGCCCGCAAGGGGGCCACAGCGGCGAACGGCGGCGCCAACGGGGCGGGGCAGGCCGAGCUGGCCAAGCUUGAGGGGGGCGCGGCAAAGGGGGCGGCGUCCGCGUGA